AUGAAGGAGCAGAAACAACACAUCGCUGCCAUGGCUGCUAAAGUCGAGGCUAGCCGAGCCGAUCUACGCUCAAUUGGACAACGCGCGAUGGCUUUCGGCAAGACGGAAGCUAGGGUCGCGGCUGACAAACGAGGUCCAGCAGCAUAUCUGUAGCUGAUCAACUCUCACAACCUGGGUCUCGAGGAAACAGGUCAGUCUCGUCGAUUCACGUUGGCCGUUUGCCGUCCCUUGUUGUUCCAUGUCCCAUUCAGUUGCUGAUCUCUCGGCUCUCGGUUUCGUAAACUGGAUCCGCGACAAUGUGCCUUGGCGGGCCUUACUUUAAACACCGUUCAAAUCCGCUGGAAUCCGGCUCGAGUCUUUCCACAUCCUCAAGUCGUCCCUCGUCUAUCCUUCGGGAUCGAGCUCAACUCUUUUGCAGUCGACGAGUCACGCCUCGACCACCCGUCAUCCAUCCCGCCGCGCCAAUGCCCGACCCGGCUCUCAGCCGAUCGACCUCGAGCAACGCAAGGACGUCGCGAUCAUCUCCGGUACACGCGAAUGAUCGCAAUGGGGGUGGGCUCUUGACACCAGAGGCACCCUCGGCGCGUAGCCGGCUGAGUGGCGCUCAGCUAGGGCUCAAGAAAUAGGCAUCACACGGCUCCUUCCCCGCCGAAGCGAUGCAAUCGAUGCCCACUAGCAAGGAGGAGAGCAGGAAGGACAAGGGUGGGCAAAUGUUCGCAAGUUAG